GACGUCGCCCAACAUUUCCUCGACAACAUCCUUGAACAGUUCGAGCUCACCCUCGACGCUCUCCCGCUCUACACUUUCCUCGAAUUCAUCUGCUACAUCCAUCACCACGAUGGCUACCACGUUCUCAGACACAACAAGAACUGACAUGUUCGAACAACUCUUCCAACGCUUGGAAGAGGAAAGUGAACGCCGCGCUUUGCAGGAAGAGGAGCGGGAUGUGCUCGAGGAAAAGGCGGAGCCCUCGCCGGUAGCCACUGUUCGCGACCGCCGUCGUGGCAGCAUCUCUAUCUCCCGAGUCGGUGGCCAGUCCUCGAGCGACACACGAGAACCAUCAGCCCGAGGCUCCCGUCCAUCAUCCAUCAUCGUCACACGUAGCAGCUUCUACCAGCUCGACUCGGGCCGUGCAGACAGCACAGACUCGUUCGCAAGUGAAACGACAACAGACCGGUCCGUCGACGAGGUCGAGGACAUUCAUCACGUCGCUCAGACGCACUUCAUCCCCGCCCAAAGCAUCUCUAAAGCCAUCUCCCGCCGCCUCUCCCGCGCGAAGGAGCUGAUACCGCUCGCGAGCCCGACCUCCGCGAGCACAGUCAUCAUCGAUGUCGCUGUCGAGGCGAAGAUUGUCGAGCACCACCCAGGCGACGGCGAGUAUCGCGGCACCCAGACUACGACAACAAUUGCGGCUGUCAGCAGUGGCACGCUCCGUCCGCGGCGCUCAACGCCCAUGCUCAACGACAAGGUCACCUUCCUUGCGAAAGCGAAAGACAUCACUUCCAAGCUGCGUCGGAGAAGCGUCGCUGCCUUCUCGCCCGCAUCACGAUAGAUCCCCCAUCCCGCGCACGUCGCUGUCACGGCGACAGUCCCCCCACCCCUGCUAUCGCUUUUUUAUUCCACGGACUUCGCUAUCAGUUUAUUUUCGGGUAUUCAUUGGGGAUUCUGCUUUUUGGUUCAG